GCAAAAUGUCAAAUUUCGCCAAAACUUCAGGGCGCUGCGCUUAGAGAAACCAGGGAUCAUCUUUCUUUCGGGAUGUCACUGCCCAGGAUCUUUAGUUUCCUGACACAGAGUCGUAGCAUCUCUUCCACGACAGCGGGAAUCACCAAAAUACAUCGCGGUGUGUACGCCAGAAUGUACAAUCCGACGGUUGUGGUGCUUCCUGAUGGAUCCAGCUUCAACAUCCGCUACCACGAGCCCAGGGAAAUCAUCAGGCUUCCGCUGGAUUUGAGCACCCUUUCCGAGGAGGAGCGCAAGAUGAGACUGGACAGAAGGAAGCCCAAGAAGAAGAUCCGAGUGUAUGACGAACUCGAAGACUCCUUCAGCUCUCAGAAGUACUUGAAGAUGCUGAAAAAGAAAUGAAAAUCCUCCGAAGAAGGAAUAUGAGCUCAGUUGUCAAUAAAAGUAGGGUUAGGGAU